UACAUCAGAGACCUCACACAUUUUCAAGAACCAAGAACAGACCCUUCCCAAAACCGAAAAUCUUUUCCUAAAUCUCUUAAUUAAAACCCAGAGAUCUUGCACUUUGAAUCAAGACCCAUAAAAUCUUUGACCCAAGAAACUGAUAUCUUUCAUUAACAACCCACAAAAUCCUUGGCAAAAUCUGAUCGUAUAAAUAAAACCCACCAAUCUCAAUCUCAUGGAUUCGACAGCAGCAGCAACACCUCCUUAUCAUCAUCAUUCUCGUUCGGAACCACCGUCCAGGACGAAAUCAGCCUCACGGCUUGCCCAAAGCGGACAAAUUCCUCAUCUCUCUCUUGGCCUCAUAACAUCAUCACCCAAGAGAACUCCGUCCCCUACCGCUCACUCUAUCAGAUCUUCCGAUUCCCUCCCUCUCCGCGAGCUUCUCCUUCUUUCACCUUCAACUCUCCGAAAAAGGUCCAAGACCCGUCUCACGGAUCGACUAGAAAUGGCUGAUGAGCCCGUGGUCGAGGCCGCAGGGCCACGCCGGAGGUGCAAAAGCAGAGGUGCCCAGAUGGGCUUAUUGGGCUGUGCCUCGCCGAGGAACACUCGAAGGUCGCGGAGGCGGUCAGAGACUGAGAUUCGAGAAGAUAAAGAUUCGGGUUUGGUGGAAGAGAUUGCAAAGCCAAGGAAAAGGCGGUCGAAGAAGGAAAAGCUGAGCUUGGUCCUUUCUUUGCCCUCCCCAAGCGCAUCAUCAAUCGAUGAUGAGUACUGUGGUAGCCUGGAUCGAAUCGGGCAGCUAAUGAAUGAUCUGCUUAUGUGGAGAGACGUAGCAAGGUCAAGCCUUUGGUUUGGUGUGGGGUCUCUUUUCUUCUUGUCCUCUUGCUUUGCCAGAGGAAUCAACUUUAGCAUUUUCUCAGCGAUUUCCCAACUAGGACUUUUGUUUUUGGGUGCUUCAUUUGUCUCCAACUCAAUCUGUCAAAGAAAUGGUGUUGAGAAGAAGCUUGAUUUCAUGCUCAAAGAAAGUGACAUUCUUGGUGUAGCCAAAAUGAUACUUCCUGCUACAAAUCUUGCCAUAUCGAAGACCAGAGCGCUUUUCUCGGGAGAGCCAUCCAUGACCCUCAAGGUAGCUCCAUUCUUUCUUCUGGGAGCAGAGUAUGGGCAUCUUAUAACACUUUGGAGGCUCUGUAUGCUUGCUUUUUUUAUCAGCUUCACAAUCCCAAAACUGUACUCAUGGUACUCCAUCCAAAUGAACCAAAAAGUUGACUGCUUGAAAUGGUGGGUGUUGGAAGCAUGGGGAGCUUGCUCACACAAAAAGAUUGUAGCAGCAUCAGCAGCCACAGCUUUUUGGAAUCUGUCUUCUGUGAGAACCCGUAUUUUCACAGCAUUUAUAUCUCUUGUAAUUCUUCGUUACUGCCGGCAACAUAUGGUGCAACCGAUGGAGAAUGGGGAAGCAGAAGUGGAGCAGGAGCAGCAGCAGGCAUUGGCGGUGGCGGUGGCAGAACCGGAAGCAGAAGGAAAACAAGAGCAGGAACAGGCAUUAGUAGUGGCCGAAGUAGCAAGCAAGCAGUAGUUGUAGUUUCAAUUUUUCCAUCAUCCAUUCUAACACUAAUGUGUUUGUACCUGAUCCAGUGAUGUGACUGAUCCAUUGACCAUGUUCAACAU